UGUCAACUGCGCUGUUUGCGUUUUUCUGCAAUAUUUUUUUGUAAUGAGGAAAAUAGUUUUCGUUACAGUUAAAUGAAAUACAUAUAUGUAUUCCGUGCAUGUUAAAACGUAAAUGCAAUAAACCUAGUGUUAAAAGAAGUAAAACUUUCUAAUAGCCCCAAGGAAUACCGUGACAUCAUUUCUCUAACAGUUGGCGGUUAGAGAGAGAAGAUGAGUAGCCAGCACCAGUACAUGACUGUGAACAACACACCCAGCACGCGGGUUGGGGACAUUGAACAUAUCAGUCACCUCUCGGAACACAUUGGCUCACUAUGCCUCUCCUCCGAGUACUCGGACGUGACCCUGAUCGUGGAAGGUCAGAGGAUCCCCGCUCACAAGGUCAUCCUGGCUGCCAGCAGCGACUACUUCCGAGCCCUGCUGUACGGCGGCAUGAGGGAGGCCAACCAGGCCGAGGUUGAGCUACAAGCACCCCUUCAGGCCUUUAAGGCACUACUUCGCUAUGUCUACUCAGGCCACAUGGGACUCUCAAACCUCCGUGAAGACACAGUGCUCGACAUGUUAGGACUGGCCCACCAGUUCGACUUCCAAGAGUUAGAGGCCGCCAUAUCCGACUACUUGCGACAAGUGUUAGCGCUGCGCAACGUAUGCUCCGUACUGGAUGCCGCCAGAUUGUACGGCCUUGACGCGUUAAUGGACUACUGUUACAACUUCCUAGACAGAAAUGCCACAGAGGUCCUUCAACAUGACUCCUUCUUACAGUUAUCUGUUGAGGCACUACAAGGUCUUCUAGAGCGAGACUCAUUCUUCGCACCAGAGGUGGACAUCUUCAAGGCGGUCUGCAAGUGGUUCGAGGCCAACCAGCAGUGGGUCAAGUCUGAGAGCGGACAGGCGCAAGUGGAGAAGAUCCUAAAAUGCGUGCGUCUUACGCUGAUGAGUCUUGAAGAACUACUGCGAGUUGUUCGACCAUUUGCGCCCGUUACCCCCGACAUGUUACUUGACGCCAUCCACGAUAAGACUCGAACCCGCAGCACAGACCUACGUCACCGUGGAUUAUUACUUCCCGAAGAAAACGUGGCAACACUAAAACGAGGGGCUCGCGUCAUCGCCGGCGAUAUGCGCUCAGCGCUCCUAGAUGGCGACUGCGAAAACUACGAUAUGGAGCGCGGAUACACCCGCCAUACUAUCAGCGAUGACCCCAACAACCCGGGGAUACUAGUUCGACUCCCGGCCCCGACCAUCUUGAACCAUUUGAGGCUGUUACUGUGGGACAGAGACAACAGAUCAUACGCAUACUUCAUAGAAGUAUCAGUGGACCAGAAAGACUGGGUGCGAGUGAUCGACCACAGCAAGUACUACUGUCGCUCGUGGCAGAACCUGUACUUCCCGGCCCGAGUGGUCCAGUACAUCAAGAUAGUGGGCACCAGCAAUACUGUCAACAAGGUUUUCCACGCAGUGGCCCUAGAAGCAAUGCACACAGCGCGCGUGCCUCCAUUAAGCAAUGGCCUCGUGCGGCCUCUACACAACGUGGCUACUGUCGAGCUGUCCGCCGUCGUCAUUGAGGGCAUCAGUCGCUCCCGCAACGCGCUCCUAAACGGCGACACGGAGCACUACGACUGGGAGCAGGGCUACACGUGCCACCAGCUCGGCUCCGGCGCCAUCGUGGUGCAGCUGGCGCAGCCGUACCUGCUCUCCUCCAUCCGGCUGCUGCUGUGGGACUGCGACUACCGCCACUACUCGUACUACGUGGAGACCAGCGUCAACUACUGGGACUGGGAGACCGUCUGUGACCGCACCAGAGACGCCGCUAGAUCGUGGCAGGUGAUCUACUUCUCUCCGCGGCCGGUAUCCAUUAUUCGCGUCGUCGGAACCAACAAUUCAGUUAACGAGGUAUUUCACAUGGUGCACUUGGAGUGCCCGGCGCAGGUGGAGGAGGCGUCCGGCGACCCGGCCGCCAAGAAGCCCCGUGCCGACAGUCAGACGCCCACGCCUGUUGGCAACAACAGUAACGCCGUCGCCGACGGCCGGUGCGGCGUGGCGUAA